CUGACGCAGUGUGUUUCCCCGACAAAGAUGGCUUUGAUUGCCUGGAAGUGAUUUGGAAAUCCGUGAAAAAUCAACAGUUAGUUCCGUGAUUAGGUUAGUGAAUAGAGAAAACAGAAUGCAGGUAUUGCUGGUCUACGCUCUGGGUAUCGGAAUUUGGGGUCUUGAGGUUGUAAAGGCUGAGGUUACUUGUGAUCCGCCACCUGUAUAUAACAGAACUGUUAUAGCUAGUGGACAUGAUAGGGAAAAGUAUCCUUUGGGGUCCAAUGUUACGUACAGAUGUGACUUCGGUUAUGCUUCCGAUGUGAUUAUAGGAUCCUCCAGAUGUAUAUUAUCAAAAAGUAAUGGAAAACCAGAAUGGACGGAACCACUGAUUCGCUGCAAGCCUCGAUCCUGCGGCGAUCCUGGGUUUGUGUCUAAUGCCCAACGCAUAGGAUCCCUUUUCACUUUUCCAAACAGUGUGCAGUACGAGUGUGAAGAUGGCUACGAGAUCCACGGAUUAUCAACUCGUUAUUGUUUAGCCAGUGGUUCGUGGAGCGGAACCCUUCCUACGUGCAAAAAGAUUCAUUGUGGAUAUCCCGCUAAUCCAGAAAAUGGGCAAGCAAUUUAUUCCUCGACUGAAUAUGAAGCCGAGGUGAAGUACAGAUGCAAUGAAGGGUAUAGCUUGAGUAACAAGCAGCCCAGGAUCUGCACUGGGGAUGGUACAUGGAGUGGUGUCGAGCCUGUAUGUACUGAGGGCUUGUGUGAAGCUCCAGUUGCGCCUGAGAAUGGAAAGAUUGUUAUCAAGCCUAGCGUGCCUAGGAUCGGAAGCAUCGUCUCAUAUGCGUGCCACGAUGGUUUCAGAUUGCAAGGAUCCGAGUCGGCAAGAUGCCUUGAAACUGGAGAAUGGACAUUUCCAACUCCUAAAUGCUUACAUCCGUGUAAAAUUCCGGACCUUGUACCUCAUGGAAAAAUAGGAGUCUAUAAAACUAGUGGUUAUUAUGGACGGACUCCAAAACUUGAGACUAUUUCGAGAGGUACAAGUAUAAAAGAUGGAGAAUUUGUUUUGAAAUGUGAUAGCAAAUAUGAGGUUACAGGGGCAGGGGCAGCAGAAGGAAAAGUUGAAUGCAGAGGAGGAGCGUGGUCUGACAAUCUUAAGUGCGUUCCAGCGUCUUGCAAAAGCUCUCCUCCAUCUACUGCCAAUGGCCGUGUCACCAGAUUGUCUAAAGAACACGGUGGAACUGUCGUGUACUCUUGCAACUCAGACUACCGUAAAACGAAAACCGGAAAUGUAACAUGUCAUUUCGGUACCUGGACCGGAAUUACACCUGUAUGUACCGACACUCGUUGCCGCAUGGAUAAACUUCUCUUUCCUGGUUUGGUACCUGGAAAAUCUACGUUUCAACAUGGCGAAUCAUUUCUGCCGUCCUGUGUAAACGGUUAUCGAGUUGCGAAACCGGAAGAUAGUAGAUUAUCCUGCCAGCAAGGAAGAUGGAUUGGUCAUAUGCCGCCUUGCACUGGAGGUAAUGCGGAUUAGCUAGAAUUCAAUCAA